UUAGUUACCUUUUAUUUCGUUAUUAAGUUUUUUCGUAUACAAUGUCGUCUGCUUAAAUUUCAAAUCUUUCAUUUAUUUAGUAAUAGGAUAUAGAAUAGAAUCAAAACUAAAAUAGCUGCAAUAUUUCUCGAUCAAAAGUAUAGUCUAAAUAUUGGCAAUAACCAAAGAAAAUAAGUAUAUAAAUAGCAAUAUGUCGGAAGGACGUUCGCGUAUUAAUAUCUACGUACCGACGGUUAAUCGAUUUCCGGAACUGAAUGUGAUCGGCGGUUAUAGGGAACAGGAUGCAACAGAGUUGCCACCGUUGAGCGAGGAGAAGACAACGGAACCAUCGGCAGAUGUUAAUAUUGCAGCCGCCGUCAUGGAGGAGGAGCUGGGUAUCGGCGGUAGCGGGCGUUCACUGUACGUCAUCGAUAGCCAGGGACGUCUAUUGGAGCAUGUGCGUUACCAGGGCAACGAUUAUCGUAGCGCUUUACGUGCUGCCACAAAUGCCAUGCCAAAUCAUUGGAAGGAAUAACCACUUAAAUCCCAACCACCCACCACCAAUUUUCUCGACUCAACAAGAAAAAUAAAUUUUCAGUUUCAAUAAUCAUUCAACAUCCAUCAAAGGAUUGCCUCAGCUGUGGUAACUGCGACCUGUAUUCAAUUCGACAUCAAAUAUGAAUAUGUUUAAGUAUUCUUCAUGUAUUUGAAAUUCGAAUAUUAAGGUAAUACCUUACUGCACGCAGUCCACAUCAUCAUAGUUGUUACUUAAUAUAUUAAAUAUUGCACAAAUUUAUGUA